CGGCUUCGAAGCCGGAGGUGGCGGAGCGGGGUGUGGUGGCUCGUGGCACCCAGGCCAGCACUCUCACUGCAGCCGACACCGACACUGUCACUGGACUCGGACUCGCCCGCCAUCCAUUUGUCCGCCGCUCUGCUCCUGCCCCAGCACGUGCCAUCCAUCUGCCAUGCCUCCGCGUACUCGUCGAAACCUCGCGGACCGAGAGGACGCUACAGCCCGCGAGGUGCGCAAGUAUCUGCGGGCGGUGAAGAAGGCGGAUGAGCGCGACGAAGCUGCAGAUGCCGCAAACCGCGCCCUGGAGCUGCAGGUCGCGGAGCUGCAGGUCCGCGUUGACGAGGAGCGGCAGCGCGCCGACGCCGCCGAUGCCGGGCGGCAGCUGCAAGUCCGCGUCAAGGAGGACCAGCUCGAGGACCAGGUCGGACUUCCGCGAGCCCAAGCCAAGGAAGAGGGGACGCGAGCCAAGGAGGCCAAAGCCACGGCGAUGCAAGCCGAGGCUCGCCUUGAGCGCGCCGAGGUGGCCAUCAGGGCGGCUCAGGCUGAGGCGGCCGAGGUGCGCCGUGAGGCCUUCGACGCCGCGCGGCACGAUCCGCGCUUCAAGGCGCUCGUCAACGAGUGCGCCGCGGAGCUCGCGGAGCAGCAAAUCGCGAGGCGCUUCUUGGAGACCAACCGAGAAGUGCUGCGAGCCAACACCAGGGUACUGGAGAUGAUGGCCAACAUGGAGUCACUGUGACUCCGUGCCGUGGCGCGGACGCAAGCCAGGGAAGCCGAGGAGCGUGCCGCCGCGGCUGCGGCUGACGCGUUCAACUUAGCGCGCCACGAUGGGCGCUUCCAGGCGCUCGUGGACGCGCGCGCCGCGGAGCGCGCCGAAGAGCUCGCAGAGGAGCGCGUCGCGAGACAAUUUGUUGAGAUCAACAGAAAUGUGCUGCAAGCAAAUCUCGGGGUCCUGAACGCGACGGCCACCUUCCACGCCAAUGGCUGGCGCCGCGCCAACUGAUGCGAGUGCUAUUAUAAAGUUCAAAAAGAGUUAAAACCCGGUGUAGUCUUGAAAAACCAUCUAUGUGAUCAUUCAAUUUUAUGCUUUAAUUAAAGUGGUGGCCUUUCUUGUUUUUAACAUUAGACUUGCUUGAAUUUUUCUAUCAAAAUAAGAUAUAGAUAAUUCAGGGUGUGUUUUAAACACUUCUAAAAACGGGAAUUCAUCUAUCAAAUUGAAAUCAUUUAUGUGUGCUUUAAAAAUGUGUCAAUUUGUUUGCUCUAGAACUUAGUCAGAUAUUUAUUUUAUGUUAUAACGCUUAUAUAAGUCAGUCCCACCAUUUCUGUUGACUGGUAGGAUCCAUGGGUCAACUUGGAAAGUAUUUAGUGAAAAUGGUUGAAGGGGCUACAAAAUCGAUUGAGUCGAUUCAAUUUUAUGCUCUGGUGACCUUUCUUUUUUUAAAACACAGACUAACUAUAGACUUGCUUAAAUUUUUCUUCUUGUUUGUUUUUUAAAAAAACAUUUCUUUUAACUCUAAGGAACUCUUGCAUCCCUUUCCUGUAGUGAGAAGCGUUUGCUCUUGAAGCUAUGCAUAUGUAGCAGUGCUGGCCUUUAUUGGGGUUUUUAUAAUGCACACAUAUCAAUUAAGUAAAAAAUGUAAAUAUGAUGUGAGCAAUAAUUUCAAUACAAAUUCUAGUGUCAUAUGUAGCAGUGCUGGCUUUUAUUGGGGUUUUUAUAAUGCUCACAGAUCAAUUAUUGUGAUUGUAAGUAAAAAAUGUAAAUAUGAUGUGGACAAAUUCCAUCUAUGCGAUAUGUAGAUAGUUAAAUUGUAGUCAGCAUUAUUGUGAUGUAAAAAGUUAAAUUGGCAAUUAAAUUUUCAUUACUUCAGUUUUGUA